GCUGGCUUAGGUAAUCCAUGGACUCCCUGAAAUUGGGGACACCAUUGGAAAUAUGUGUGAGCUCAGGGGCAGUUUCCUAUGAUUUUUAGGCCUCAAAAUGUCUCUUGGACUCAAAAUUGCCUUAGGGCAGAGGACGUGUGUACCCCCAGUAUAGAAUCUCGGACAGUGAAUGUGAGUAAACAUUCGGCAGAAAAGCUCUGCCAAACUGAGUGCUCUGAUGUGACUUUUUCAUCAAGUCAGUAUUCCUGGGAUCUCUUGUACAUGAUAAUCUCACUCUUGUACAUGAUAAUCUCACUCUUGUACAUGAUAAUCUCACUCUUAUAAGGUUUCAUCAUUUCUGCUUACCCUAGUUUUCUUUCCCACUCUGUUCCCUCUCCCACCAGACUGGACUCUGAAAUGGGCAUGUACAGAGACGAAGAGACCCCAACAUGCUUCAGGCUUUGAGUGGAGAGGACACAGCCUCUGCUGGGACAGGGAACAGAGGGAUGUGGAGUCCCUGAAGAUGCUUUUGGACAAUGGUCUGAGGUUGGGACAGUGGCAGGAGAUACCAUUCACCCAGGAUCUCCAGGACAAGAGAUCAGACUGGCAGUUACAAGUGUUUUUUUUCAAACUGGUUGCCAGGUUGGCAUGAGCCAUGACAUCAGAGAUUCCGACCUUCCUGAUUGGAGGGACCGGACUCCGUGGUGCCUGGAGAUCAGUUGGACAACAGUAUCUUCUCAGAGCUGUUCUCCACUCCUGACUUCUCCUAGGCUUGAGAAUUGAUAACAUAGUCUUCUGGAUCCUAGCAGUGUCCAGAAGAAGGCCAUGGACAGAACGGAGACUAGGUUCCGUAAGAGGGGACAGAUUACGGGAAAGAUCAUGACCAGCCGUCAACCGCACCCCCAGAAUGAGCAGAGUCCCCAGCGGAGCACCUCGGGAUACCCCCUCCAGGAGGUGGUGGAUGAUGAAGUGUUGGGACCAUCAGCCCCUGGGGUAGAUCCCAGCCCCCCAUGUAGGUCCCUUGGCUGGAAAAGGAAGAGGGAGUGGUCAGAUGAAUCUGCGGAGGAGCCGGAGAAGGAGCUCGCCCCUGAGCCUGAGGAGACCUGGGUAGUGGAGAUGCCGUGUGGGCUCACGAUGAAGCUGAAGCAACAGCGAGUGUCACCCAUCCUCCCUGAGCACCACAAGGACUUCAACAGUCAGCUUGCCCCUGGGGUAGAUCCCAGCCCCCCGCAUAGGUCCUUUUGCUGGAAAAGGAAGAUGGAGUGGUGGGACGAAUCUGAGGAGUCGGAGGAGGAGCUACGGAAGGUGCUCGCCCCUGAGCCUGAGGAGAUCUGGGUGGCGGAGAUGCUGUGUGGCCUCAAGAUGAAGCUGAAGCGACGGCGAGUGUCGCUCGUGCUCCCUGAGCACCACGAGGCCUUCAACAGGCUGCUUGAGGAUCCUGUCAUUAAAAGAUUCCUGGCCUGGGACAAAGAUCUGAGGGUGUCGGACAAGUAUCUCCUGGCUAUGGUCAUAGCGUAUUUCAGCCGGGCCGGCUUCCCCUCCUGGCUAUACCAACGCAUUCAUUUCUUCCUGGCUCUCUACCUGGCCAAUGACAUGGAGGAGGACGACGAGGACUCCAAACAAAACAUCUUCCACUUCCUGUAUGGGAAGACCCGCUCUCGCAUACCCUUGCUCCGUAAGCGUUGGUUCCAGUUAGGCCGUUCCAUGAACCCGAGGGCCAGGAAGAACCGCUCUCACAUACCCUUGGUCCGUAAGCGUUGGUUCCAGUUACGCCGUUGCAUGAACACGAGGGCCAGGAAGAACCGUUCUCAGAUAGUCCUGUUCCAGAAACGUCGGUUCCACUUCUUCUGUUCCAUGAGCGGCAGGGCUUGGGUUUCCCCGGAGGAGUUGGAGGAGAUCCAGGCUUAUGACCCAGAGCACUGGGUGUGGGCGCGAGAUCGCGCUCGCCUUGCCUAGAGCUCCAGGGACCGUGGAGGCCUGAGGUCAUCGGCCUGAGAGAAGAACACCAGACCCAGGGGAGAUGUGGAUUUUCAGCAGGAACUUUAUUCCAAUGCUAAUGGCAGACACCAGGAAGGAGGAGAG